GCCGAGUGACUCGAGCUCAUUGAGAAGUCAUUUCCUUUCCGACUCUCGACGAAAGAAGUGUGCACAAAUUGAAGGCAAAGUGCAAUCGACCGAGUGUAGACUCUUGAGACGCUGAUUGGCAACAUUUGUGAUUAUUGUGUGAUUUUGUGGGAGUGUUUCUGAUUGAAUUUCAGUGUCACAAUGAGGAAUUCACUGCUUGAAGAGCUCAACGAGAACGGAUAUGUGGUGCUCGAGGGCUUCUUGCUGCCCGAAGAGGUGGAGGAAGUGCUAACAGCUGGUCAGGAGCUCUGUCUGGAGGCGCCCAAGGAGAGCCGAACGAUCUUCAGCACAGUGAAUUGCGACACUAACCAGAACAAAGAGCGCUACUUUAUUGAGUCGGCCGACAAAGUGAGAUACUUUUUCGAGGAAGGUGCUCUCGAUGAGAAGGGCGAUCUGGUUGUGAAGCCCGAGAAUGCCCUGAACAAAGUGGGACAUUCUCUGCAUACUGACCACGAUACGUUCAAGAAGUUCACCUUCUCACAUCGCGUGCGCGAAGCUUGCUGGCAGCUGGGCUUUAAGAGACCGGCAGUGCCGCAGAGCAUGUACAUCUACAAGAAUCCAGGCAUCGGCGGCGAAGUAAUUGCCCACCAAGAUGGAACAUUUCUGCACACAGAACCAGCCUCAACAGUUGGCUUUUGGAUCGCCCUGCACGACGCCUCGACUCAGAACGGUUGUCUUCAGUUCAUCAAAGGAUCCCACAAGAGUGGCGUUCAUCGUCGCUACGUGCGCAAUCAGGAUCAGUCAUCAAAUGAACUCUUGGUCUACGAUCGACCGGCUCCCAUUUAUCCCGCUUCAAACUUUACAUCCGUUCCCGUCGAAGCAGGAACGUGCGUUCUGAUCCACAGUCAAGUCGUGCAUCGCAGCGAUCAGAACAAGUCGAACAAAGCGAGACAUGCUUACACUUUUCACGUGAUCGAGACGGAUGGGGUCAAAUAUUCCGAAGACAACUGGCUUCAGUCGAGUCCCGAUUCUUCAUUUCCAAUUUUGUACGAAUAACCUUUGCAGUGGAGUAAAUAUUCAACGUAGCUCGAAAGAGAAAGAAGCAAAAC